AUGAAUCCACGAAGGCGUUCAUGGCUGUCACUCCGUUCCCUCUCGUGCUCCAUCUUCGUCCGGGGCAGAAGGAUCACCUCCAGUUUCGGGGAGGUUUGUGGGAGGGCGACAGCUGAGGGUGCGGCUAUUUGUUGCUGUUUCCCUUUGACGAUGGCCAAGUUUUUAGUUUUAGCGAUUUACAAGAUCCCCGCAGGGCUAUUCAGCCGUGCUAUCAGUAAGAUGCAAAACAAAGGGUUUGUUGAGCCGUGCAGCCGGAAGGGCGGUUGUGGUUGCGGAUGCGAUGGUGAUAGGGAUUUUCAGAUUCAGACUGUGGAGAGGGUGGAAAGCUCGGAAGAGAGUCAGAAAGCUGUGAAGGAACUGGAAAAAGAGAUGUUGCAGAAGUUUUACGGGAGUGGAUUUUGGAGAAGUCCUUCUAAUUGUCGAUGA